UAGGACGUUUGCAUCAUGUUGACUCUGGUCAGAAUAUGCAGGCUGCAAAUGUUCAGGCUGCAGACGUUUGCUCUUCCCAGCUCACAAAACCUGCAUUUGCUUAUUGAAGGAAGUCGCUGGAGAAGUGGCAAAAGUGAGCUGAAAAGGCGCAUGAAAGCUGAGAAGAAAGCAACUGAGAAGGAAGCCAAGGACAAAGAACAGCAGGAACAGAAGGAGACCAAUGAGAAGUCACAGCAAGAUGCAAAUGAGGCAGAUGAGGAAACUUUGGACCCAAAUCAAUACUUCAAGAUUCGUUCACAAGCCAUUCAAGCCUUGAAGGGAACAGCUGAAGACCCAUACCCUCACAAAUUCAACGUGGACUUAUCGCUUACAGAGUUCAUUGACCGAUAUAACAACCUUCAGCCAGGGGACCACUUGACAGAUGUCGUCCUCAGUUUAUCGGGUCGUAUCCACGCCAAGAGGGCUUCAGGUGUCAAGCUGCUGUUCUAUGAUCUGCGAGGAGAGGGAGUCAAGCUGCAGGUCAUGGCCAACUCCAGGAACUACAAAUCAGAAGAAGAUUUUGUGCACAUCAACAACAAAUUAAGGCGUGGGGACAUCAUUGGGGUCCGGGGCAACCCUGGCAAGACAAAGAAGGGCGAGCUGAGCAUCAUCCCGAUCGAGAUGACCUUGUUGUCUCCAUGUCUUCACAUGCUUCCCCACCUUCACUUUGGCCUGAAAGACAAGGUAAAGUUUAGUUGUUAAAACACCUUGGAAAUA